GCCUUCGAGAGGUAUACAAAUUCCAAGUACUGAACUUCGCCUGCAUCGGCACUGGAGGUAUUUUUGAACCUCCGUUCUAAACCACUCGAAUCAACAUGGCGAGCAUUGGGAUCGAUCUCGGGACGACGCAUGCGUGCGUGGGUGUGUGGGCCAACGGCAAGGUGUCGGUCAUUGCGAACGACCAAGGCUUCCGCACGACGCCGUGCAUGGUGUCUUUUGCCAGCGACGACGUCGUUGUCGGGGACUCGGCCGUCGCAAAGCUCCACAACAACGCUGCCAACACAGUGUACCACUUGAAGCGCGUCCUCGGCAAGAAGCACAAGGACGUGCACGCACAUGAAUACGUCAAGGACUGGAGCUUCGACUUGGCUGCGGACAAGCAUGGCGCGCCCAUUGCCAAGAUCUUGGACGGGUCGCGUGAUAUCCAUGCCGUCGAGUUUUGCACGAUCGUGUUGCGCAAGCUCAAGGCGUUGGCCGAAGAUUACACGGGGUCGUCCGUGAAGAACUCUGUCUUGACUGUUCCAGAAGGGUACUCGGACGAGCAAAAGGCGUUGUUGCAGGAAGCUGCGUCCGCGGCCGACUUGAACGUGUUGCGCUACAUCAGUGAGCCCAUCGCUGCCGCCAUUGCGUACGGUUUGGACGAAGACAAGAAAAACGAAUCCAAGUUGGCUGUCGUUGUCGACAUUGGUGGUGCAUCGACGGACUUGACCCUCCUCAGCGUCGACAAGGGGCUAUUCAACGUGAUCGCGACGGCCAGCGACCACGCGUUGGGUGGCGAAGUGUUUACGAACUCUGUCGUGGAGCACUGUAUCAAGACAUUCGAGCGCCAAAAGAAGGUCACGAUCGCGGCGGACAACACCCGCGCCUUGCACCGGGUCAAGGUCGCGAGUGAACAAGCCAAGAAGUCGCUGUCAACGCAAACUCAAGUCACGAUCGAAGUCGACUCGCUGGCCGAUGGUCAAGACUUGAUUGUGAAGCUGUCGCGUUCGCGCUUUGAAGACAUGGUGAUCGACCACAUCCGCAAGGUGACCAAGGACAUCGCGGCCCUCUUGGAAGGCGCGGGGUACGAAAAGGACUCGAUUGACCAUGUCUUGCUCAUCGGCGGGUCCACUCGCAUCCCCAAGGUCCAAACGGCUGUCGAGGACUUUUUCGAUGGCAAGAAGGCGCUUGUCACGAUCGCCCCGGAUGAGGCUGUCGCGUUCGGCGCGACCGUCGAGUCCGGCACGCUGUCGGAAACAGCCGACUGGACGCUCCCGGAAGACCCCCUCAACAACGUCGAAGCGGUGCCGCUCAACCUGUCGCUCGGCUUGGCGGACGGCACCGUCUACGACAUGAUCCAUCGUGGCACGAUCUUGCCCGCGAACCACCAAGAAGUGUUUACGACCCAAGUCGACAACCAACACGCAGUCUACUUGCAAGUGUACGAAGGCCAGCGCGUGCUGAAGAAGGACAACACGUUGCUAGCCAACUUGACCUUGACCGGGAUCCCGCCCGCCCCCAAGGGCGAGUCCGAGGUCGAAGUGUCGUUUACGGUCACUCGGAAGGGCCAGCUGACCGUCAAGGCGCACGUUCGCAACGCGGAAGGCGGGAGCAAGGCGCUUGUAGUUGCGAGCGACUCGAAACGCGUCGUCGAUGUCAACGCGAUUGUUGAUGCUGCCGAAGCGGCCGCUGACGAGGAUGAUGCGAUCCUGGCCGAGUUGGAGGCGAAGCAAGAAGCAGAGGAGCUUGCCGCGUCCGUCGGUGCGAGUGCAUCCAGCGGCGCCCAAGACAUGGAUUAAAAGAGUAAUGGUACAAAACACAGGUCAACUAGAUAGUUGGUCGGCAUGUUUCUAGUUCAAA